AUGUGCCAGUUGAAGUUUGGGCAAGGUAUGAAGCGUGGCCUCAGUGUCAAGCUUGUGCGCCUGGGCCGAAUUCUUCUCAACGCGUGUCAUUGCCAAGUACAGUGGUGUUUGAUGCGCAAGGCUAUCCGAGAUGGGAAGCUUCAGGCAGAUGUCCAUGGCCUCUGCAUUUUCCAGGGCCUUUGCGCUUUGCCUACCCUGUUUGUCGAACAGGAUGAUCUCAUCAGCCAGGCAUUUCGCCAAAAUGUGAAAUCUGCAUAUAUCUCUCCAGUGAGCAGCCUUCAAUGGACGCACAUGGUGCUGGUGACGCACUUUGGAGACAAAGUUGGGACGGACUACUCGCAGAUCUUCGCUUGGGAUAACCCUCUGGAACGGAGGAGCAACGGCAAGUUGCUUUGCAAUGUGCUGGACAGACUCUUGAAAGGCUACGAGACCAAGGUUGAUGCAGAGGGGGUCGCAGUUGAACCGCCUUUGGCCAAAAAACGCAGGGGAAGACGCGCUCCAUCCAAGAAGGAUGACAGCCAGACUUCGCAACCUGCUCCAGAUGGCAACCGUUCUGAGAUCCGCAUUGGCACAGUCAAGGUGACUGCCAUCAAGAACCUGCUUAUGUGGGUCACUCCGCAGGCUUACAAGAUGAUGAUGCACCAUUCCUCUGUUUGUGGAGGGGAGCGCCGUUCGGCCUUCACUGAAGCAGUGUUGGCGUGGCGUCAUUUAUGGCCAGGGAGCACCCCAGCAGAGGGUAUGAUGCCGAAUGAGGCUGAGGAAUUUGCCAGGCGAGGUGCUGCAGCAAUGCAAAAGAAGCUGUUGCCUGAUCGGGUCACGUCAAAGCCCUUGCAGUUCGGAAUGGAUUUGACACCAGAAGAUCAUGAAGCCUUGAUCCUGAAAAUUGUCAGCGUGUAUGAAAGUGAGAUGGAAACAAAAGGUGACUUGGCCAAGAUCAACGUGGACCAGCUGUGGAGCUACCGCAUGGUAGUGCAGGCAUGGCGUCAAACAGUGAUUCAUUGUGCCAAAGCAGACCUUGAUGAGCGAAGCUUCCAAGAGGUCCAGAGUGCCAUUGAAACCGGCGACGCAUUGGACCAGCAGCUCUGCCAAUGCUUGAAAAGCUUUCCACUUGAAUUUGGCCUCACAAUGUUGCCAGAUGUGAAGUGUUUGACAGAUGCUGGUGAGAUGCAAGAUGCAGAAGUUGAUGAUGUCAUUGAGAAAGCCGAGAAGGAUGAGUGGAUUUCCAAGUUCAUCGCCAUGGAGGCCAAAUUGAAGUUGGAUUGGAAGCUGCUCAACUCAGUGUCAGAUGGCUAUGAGGUUCUUGGAGACUGUCUGGAUUGGCUGUCGACCCAAAAGAAAUUGAAAGUUGCACAGCACGCUCGGGACACAGUUGACAGGCACAUGAAAUUCUUCUGCCCCGUGUUAGCUGUGGAGAACAAUGAGAGUUUGCCUGGGGACCUGGAGGGCUUGAUGGCUUCCCUGCCGCCGCUGGCUGAUCCUGAUGGCAAGCGUCUCAUGGUUUUCCAUUUGGACUUCAACAUCCCAAAUGCCCGCAAUGCUCUGAGUCUCAAAGGGCUUAUCCCAUCAUUGGCCAAUUGUGUGGGCACUACUGUGGUCUUGUGCAUCUUUCCAAACCGCAGUCGAGAGGAUAGUGAAUGUGAUCCCAUGGAAGACGAGGUGGACAUUGUCCGAAAGAUGCGUGAGGCUGGAUUCAAACGGCAAGUCCCUUUCUUCAUGCCUUUGCGUGUGCCCAUGGAGGAGACCACAAACCAGACGCAAUGGGACUUUGGGAUGCGGGGACGUCUCAUGUUUUGGGGAGGCGACGACUCUGGGCCCAAUGUUUUUUUGCAGUGCUCAGAGCUGGUGAGAACUGGAAAGUUGCCCGAGGGAGAGCUGUGUUCAGAGAUGCUACCAAUCACUUCGAGUGCAGCAGAAACGGAACGAGCAGAUGGAAUGCGUGUAUGCGCCGCCACCCGGUCGGCCCAGAAAGGUGGAGAAGUCUGGAAGAUCGUGUACCAGCAACUCAUGAUGACCAGCAAAGCAAAUCCAGCUGCAGCCCCUCCACUGGUGAGACCAAAGGAUGAGAUCGUCAUCCUGGACUUUCACGUCCACAAUGCAGACCAUGCAUUGGGGUCUUGCUUGAUGGCAGCAGAGGGAGGGCCUGUGCAGAGGCAUGUGAUGCUGAAGUUUCUGCGGGACAAAAAGAGCCUGAGUGCCUGUGAGUUCUCACAAAAGCGAGUUGGCGCGCACCUGGGCACGAAGUGGCUUAAGCACGAACUUAAGCUUUUCACAGAGACUGGAAAAAGUGUGGCUCCCAUUGAAGCCGAUAUCACCAUUCUCGAUGACAAUGACAAGGCCUACCUCCGCUCAGUGCCUGGAGCCAUGGAAGCAUACGAAGGAACGAGAACGUGGGAAGGCAAGCUCCGCGUGACUUGUCUCAAUGGUGCCCAGGUUUCUUUGCAGCCAUCAUUGAAAGCAGAGUUCGCACAUGCACUGCCGUCAGUGAAAGCGCAGUUUGAUGCCAUGGAGAAACUGCACAAUGACAAGUAUGGCUCCUUGUUGGUUGGGAAGCUCCAAACUGUGCGCGGUGAUGCACGUGGAGGCACUCCCACUGCAGACCCAAGGCCUUCGAAUUUGACAAGUGGAAAUGCACAAGAAGGCAGUGGCGAAUUGAAUCCAGAGCCCGUUUCUUUGACUGGUCCAGAGUCGGAUGCACAGCUUCGCCAACAGUACAAGAUCAAUGUCGACGUGAAGGCCUUUGAUAAUCGUGGUGUUGGAUUUCUUGUUGCUGACAAUGGCCAUGCGUUUAUCAUUGUGAAGUCCGAAGACUUGAUCUUGCGGAAGGGUACCAAAAUCGCUGGUCUUGGGUCUGGACGGAUGACCCAGGAAGCUGGUGGUCAUGCCUUGCAACUGGGAUUUCCUGAUGGUGACAGGACACUCACUGAGGCCUGGUGGGUGACCGUUUGGGGUGUGUGUUCAUCUCACAGGCUGCUUGAUGUGACAUCUUGCAUCUCGCAUCCACAAUUUCAAGUGACGUCUUCAACUGACAAACUCAACUGUCAUCUCCGUUGUUUCCAUUGGCAUCUUCAAUGUGCAGAUUGUGCUGAUAGUUUCCCACUCUCUUCUCACAUGACCCAUUCAAUUAAUGUCUCCACAGUUUCGAGUGACACCUUCAAGGUAGGCUGUGCUGAUAUUUCCCCUUCUUGUAGGUUUCACAUGACACGUUUAACUGACAUCUCAACAGUUUCCAUUGGUAUCUUCAAGGUAGGUUGCGACACUAAAUUCUUGAGGUUUCAUGUGACACAUUCAACUGACAUCUCCACAGCUCUCAUUGACAUCUUCAACUGGCACCUUCCACCCCUCACCUUUCAAGCUUCGUUUGGUAUUCAACUGACAUUGUACAGUUUCAUUGGGCAUUCAACUGACAUUGUACACUGGUAUAUUCAAUUGACGCAUAGCAGAUUCAACUGA